AUGGCUUCUUCAUCUUCUCACCUCCUCCUCCUCAUCCUCAUCCUCUGCAUCACCAUGGCGACACAGGUGGCCAGCAGACCAUCACCACGGAAACCAGACUCUCAGAUUCUGAAUGAUCUGUUUGGGUCGGAGAUCAGUUCACUCUUAUUGGCCCAGCCGGACAUCACGGAGGGGUCCGCUCAGAGCCCCGCCCCCCCUGAGACCAAGAGGAGUGGCCUACCUGCACGCAGUGUGGGGGCGGAGCCUCACAGAGCCGUUCCCCGCCUCUUCCUGGACUUCCUGAGCAGACAGAGGAAGCUGAGGGGGCGGAGCAGGAAGAGCCCGGCGCGUGGCUGCUUCGGGAUGAAGGUGGACCGUAUCGGAGCGCUGAGUGGACUCGGAUGCUAACGCAGGAGUCACCUGACCCAGCGUUUGUGUGGGGUACCUGCUGCUGGAACAGCGAUACUCUCAUUCUGCACUCCUCCUCUCAUCCCUCCGUCCGCCUGGAGACCACAGAUUUUAAAGCGAAACUUCCAGCAGUGCAGAAAGAGACACUCCAGAAGACUGGACAGCAUAACACAAACAUGGGGGCUUCAUUCAGGAGACCCUCAGUGACUUGUGAUAUGGACAGGAAUGAUAUAAAAUUCUAGAAUAUAUUAUUACCAAUAAUAAUAGCAACAAUGUUAUUAUUAUUUACACUAUCCGUGACGAACAGCUGGACUCUCCAAUACAGCUGCAGAUACUGAUGGAAUGCUUGAUUGACAUGUAGACUAGCCAAUCAGAGACGAAACUACCAAAUGUGUGUAGUAAAAGGGAGUUAGCAUCAGCUGGUGGUCAGAAAAUUGGCUGAAAAGUGAGAUUGACCACUAAUCCUGGAACAGAAAUGCAACAUGAACGAAAUAUCAUGAGCCAAGAACUGACAUGUGGUCAGUCGCCUGGAGUCCACCACGGCCUGGUGGAAAGCUGACCUGUCCUGACCUUUCACUCAGGGCCAAACUUGUGUUUGUUAGUGUUUGUCCAAGCUCCACCAACAAAUGUGUUCUCUCAUAGCUGCUGUUGGGCAGCUGGAGCAGCAUGUU